CGAUCUCUGCUAUCUAGGUUUCUCAGAUGGGUGACCUCAAGGAGGUUUUCCGCUCCCUCCAAGAACUCUUCCCUGAGGUUGAUCAUCGUAUGCUGAAGGCUAUCACAAUUGAGCAUCAUAAAGAUGUUGAUUCCGCGGUUGUUACUGUUCUUGAUGAAGUCAUGCCGUUCAUGACGGGUUCAGCUGGAGUGGAUGGUUAUGUUGGGAAUUUGUCAUCUAUGGAUGGUUCUGUUGGGAAUUUGUUUGCUAAUCACAGCACACAUGAAGUGGGAAGUUCAUCAUCUGUUUCUAUACUUGAGGAGGCCAAGACCCCCGGUGACAUGUCCAAGGUGGUCGACCCAGCGCUGCUGGCCGAGAUGGCAGAGCUGGAGAGCGACGAGGAAGAGGCAGACACCGAUGACACCUACUGA